GCUUGUCUCAAUUACCAUCUCUAACACCGGCAUAAACAAGCGACAACACAAGUGAAAUUGUUACCAAAAAUGUCGAACUUUGUGAAUUUGGACAUAUUUUCUAAUUACCAGAAGUAUAUUGAUAAUGAGCAGGAGCUCAGGGAGAACAUCCGCAUUGUGGUGCGCGAAAUCGAACAUUUGGCUAAGGAAGUACAGAUUAAAUUGCAGAUUAUUCACAGCGAUUUAAGCCAGAUUAGUGGCGCCUGUGGUUUGGCACGCAAACAAAUCGAAGCCUGCGCCGAAAAGUACCAGAAAUUGGCCAGCUUGGUGCCAGCAGGGCAGUACUACAGAUACUCCGAUCAUUGGACUUAUAUCACGCAGCGUUUGAUCUUUCUCAUUGCUUUGGUUAUUUACCUGGAGGCGGGAUUUUUGGUUACCCGCGAAACUGUGGCUGAAAUGUUGGGAUUGAAGACCAAUCAGUCCGAGGGCUUCCAUCUGGAUGUGGAGGACUACCUGCUGGGCAUCCUUCAGUUGGCCUCGGAACUCUCCCGAUUUGCCACCAAUUCUGUCACCAUGGGCGACUAUGAACGUCCCCUCAACAUCUCUCAUUUUAUUGGCGACCUAAACACGGGCUUCCGUCUAUUGAAUCUAAAGAACGAUGGUUUGAGGAAGCGCUUUGAUGCCUUAAAGUAUGAUGUCAAGAAGAUCGAAGAGGUAGUCUACGACGUCAGCAUUCGCGGCCUGUCCACUAAGGAAAAGGAUCAACAGGAGGAGCAGGCUGCUUCUGUUCCCGAAUAGUGGACUUUGUACUUAGACUAACAGACAGUUUACUUAAGACAUUAGUUAAGAUGAGAAGCAAAAGUUCCAUUUUAUAUUUGGUAAAUAUAUAUCUGAUUACGUGAACAGAA